CACUCAGCGACGUACGAUCACGACGUUUUCCAUCCACGAGCUUCCGCGACCAGCAGAACCGCCAGUUUGGCGCCAAUUUCGUACAGUACGUAUUAACGUGUUAAGAAGAUUAACGAGAUUGAACGCGAUCGAUAUAACACCAAGGAGUUUCGAUCACCGGUACUGUUGACGCGCGAGCGAAUUUUUAGUGCUUAUUUUGCCGCGUGUACACCUGUGACGAUUGGUUUGAGGGGUGCCGAAAGAUUAAACACAUCGCGCAAUCCCGAUCAUCAGCGAUCGAUUCACCAUGUCCGCCGUAAAAUCGAGUACCUGAAGAAAUCGGAAGGAUGCCAGCCGGCAUUUCCGCUUUGGCGCCGUCGACAGACGCAGGUUCUUUCAACCAUGAGGCGAAGAAUUCUUCGGCCUUCACGAUCCUGCAAAAGGAUGGACUGGACUCGAGCCUACCACUCCUCCACAUCAACGAAGAGAACGAGAUGAGUGCGUCGCGAUUCACCAAGCUGGAGAACAUGAAGAACGAUCUCUACACUCGCAGGCGCAUCAGCAAGUCGAACGAUCACCUGGUCCUCGCUAGUUUACAAUCAAAUCAAGUGAAUCCGUUGCGAAAGAAACAUCAGAGUAAGAGUCAAGACAGCCUGAGCGCCGAGGAGAGACCGCCCACGACUAGAACCAACAUCGCCCUGUCGACGGAGGAUUUCAACGAAGUGCUCAAUGCUAAACUGAAGAAGAUCCAAGAGCAAGCCGAGGCCGAUCAGAAUCGCAGGUCAUCGAAGAAAUCGAUUCUGCCACAGAAGAAGCCAUUUAUCACGACCGUGAAAACCGGUGAAUUCCUAAUGCCGCCGCCGGAAGUGGCGGCCCUCCUCGGCAUUGCGCCGAAUGGAAACGACGAGGAGACGGCGGCGGCGUCGACGGCGAUAGCGGACGGAUGUCCGUUGAAGACCAAGUUCAAGUCUCUGGUGUCGCUGGCCAAGAGGCCGGAAGUACGUCACAGCAGCCACAACGCGAGAUGCCCGGCCGCCCUCAAGGCCACCGUGGACUUCUCCCUCGGCAUGAUGAACGCUACCACGAUCGCCGCCUCGACCUUGGACGACCGGGCGAGGAGGUUCAAAAGAAGCGAGCCGGCCAGAUUCCCGCAGGCGUCGCGAGCUUUACCAAAAAAGUUGGAUCCGAUCGAGGGCAUGAUGAAUGCGCUGCCGAGGCUCCGCGGUGAUCAACCGGUUCCGUUUAGGAACAUCAUGUUUGAUCACCGCGUGGCUCGUGGAACUACGUGUGCUUCCGUACCUGCUCUCAUCGAUGGUGAACAAUCGAUCGCAGCGAGGCAAGCGGAAGCGAGGCGAAGACAUUUGGCGCGAAAGCGCGCUCAAGCGCAAACCACCAAAGCGCUUGUCAUGAGAAUCGGCUCGCCACCACCGGUUCCUGGCAGGAAACACGAACCAGUGCAGACAGAGGUCUUUCUCGAAGAGCUGGCAGAGAAGCCGGACGAAUCUGAAGUGGCCACGCAAACCGACUACUUUGCGGAGAAACCGGUGACGCCGCGGUAUUGCCCGCCCAAGACUGGCCAAGACGCCUGCACUCAGAUCGAGCCCGGAGAGGUAGGUAUUGAGCUUUUCGACUAUGAUAUCGAAGUUCAGCCUAUUCUCGAGGUAUUAGUAGGAAAAACCAUUGAGCAAGCCCUGAUUGAGGUUUUAGAAGAAGAAGAAAUUGCUGCUCUCAAGGAACAGCAAAGAAGGUUCCUCGAAUUGCGCGAUGCUGAGAAAGCUGAAGAGCAACGAUUAUCAGAACAGGACAGAAGACUCAGAGAAGAAAAGGAUCAACGCCUGAAACAACAGGAUGAGGCGAUGAAGGUCCAACAGGAAACCGAGGAACGCGUCGCGGCGGCGGUAUUGUUAACGGGAUACAUCGCCGAACUCUUACCCGCGGUUCUCGAAAGCCUGAAGAUGUCUGGCUAUUUAUUGGACGAGAUCAAGGCCGAUGUCGCGGAAGGUUUCAUGCCGUGGUUAAUGAAGGAAGUGAAGAAGGAAAUGGGUAAUAUGAUCGAAAGUCGAGAAUUGUUAAUGGAGGUCAUCAGGGAGAUCUUGGAAAAUCGCGCACAAACCUAUCGGCGGCUAGGUGAGGAAUACGAUGCCUCGAGAGACAAGAGACUAGUGAGCGAGGAAAGCGUGGAAGAGGGUGAAGUUGACAACAACUUCACGAAUUAUCAGUCACCGGCGAUUGAAAACCAUGAUGCAAUUUAGCGAGGUAAAUUAAUCCUCACAUAACACACAUGUUUUCAAUACAUUGGGGUCGCAUUUGUCGUUUAUUUACAUUCUAUAAACAUGCUAAUAAAAAUCUAUGAAAUAUAAUAAAUGUACUUUCUAGUAGAAUAGAGAACUUUGUAUAGAAAUCAAAAAUAUUCACUUAAGUAUUUAAUUUUAUUGCAAACAUAAAGAGAAGCAACGAAAACAUAAGUUUACAUAAAAAUUUGUAACUCUUUUGGAAAUAAAUUUAAAAAAUUAACACUCUGGAAUUCUUUUGUCAAUACUUGAGUCUUUAAGAAAAAAAUUAUACAUAUUACAAUUUGCCAAAAAGUAUAAUUAUAUGAGUAUGCAAAAAUACAUCAUCUCUUUCAGUCACAAGAAGUAAAUUAUCAAUAGUAAAAUUAUCAAUAGUUUCAUGUUUUUGCGGUAUUAAUCCAUUACAUACACAAUGAUUUAUUAAAAUUAUUACAAAGAUUAGUUAUAUCUGAAUCUUUUUUUAAUUAAAGUUUGCAACUUUAACAAGAAAAAAACAGAGUUUAUCUUUAACAUUAUCGCGCUAUUUAAUAGGCGUUAAUCACGCGUCUCGACUGAAAAACGAGCAUGCCAUAGUUAACUUUGGAUUUAGGGAUUCACCUUCGACCAGCACAGGACCAAUCUCCGAGCCCGGUGCCUUUUACAUUAAGCAGUGUACACAGCUGCGCGACAAAUCCAUCUCCUCCGCCCGAACCCCAUGACAGGUCAGCGCCGUGUUGGCGAUCCCCAUAGCAAACAGUAACCACCGCAAACGAACGAGAAAGACCCAUCAGAAAUUAAUUAUCGAUUCUCGAAGUCAGCGCGGCGUAAUCUGUCAUAAGCAAGAUGUAGUGGAAAAAAUAACUUUUCCUAGAGCAAUAUUUCUCCCACAAAAUAGAGAGUUUCCUCAUAUCUUCCUAUACUCAUACAUUUUUAUUGCACAAUAUUUCUAAUAAAUUAUUUUUACGAUAGACAUGAUGUUAAUAACUUAUUGCUUAUUUGUUUACAGUUUUCAAUCUGGCUUGCGAAUGCAUAACGUUGCACAACGUUUUCAAGACGGAUUAAAAAGCUGAUUACAUUCUAAAAUAUAAUUUGUGGUUUAUUUAUAGCCAGUCCAAAGGAAUAAUCCAAAUUUAGUAUAUAUAAAAU